UGAGCUCGUCUCCAUCUUCCUCAACAGAAAUAGCGAUUUCUCCUGCGCGCGCACGGAAUCCUCGGGCGCCUGACCUGCUCGGAGCUGGAUAACCGGCUUCCGCCCGAGGGGGAAUAAAUCCCUGCGCAGAUCGCUGACCUUUAGCCCUCAAUCACGAGAACUACUUGGCCACUGCCACCGGCGUCAUGGGAGGGAACCGAGAGGAGAGGGGUUGUGCUCCGCCGUGGGGGGGAAAUCCCCUGCCGCGCAGUCGUCUGCCCCGUGAAGUGCUCGGGGACUUUCCUCAAGUUCUGGGAAGGACGUGUGGGGCCGCGCUACUCGUGAUCAACUGCCGGUUUUGCUCCAAUUCCUCGCCGUCGUAUCGCUCCGCCGGAUCUCCGCCGUGCAACGAAGACAGAGAAAAGCACUACGCAAUCCAUCGGAAUGGAAAAUGUGCAUAUAUGCUGCUGACUGCAGUGAGAUUAGCCUCGUCCAAGUUAGGGGAUCUGCCAUGAACUAGACAAGAUUAGAAGUUUAAAGAGGCCUUACAUCAAGAGAGUACAAGAUCGCCAUAAGGAAGUACAAGUCUUUGAGGAAAGUGAUCUUAUGAAAAGUUUGAGCAAAUCAACUUGUGUACGAGAAGUUAUGUCUACUUGUGCUGAUCAGUCAUACCUUGGAAUAUUGUUGUAUUGAAUUUGUUCCCAAACAAGCAUUUCAAUGUUGGUAUAUUGGACAAGGUGAUGACAAUGCUUGAA